AGUGAGCACUUCUCAUUUCUGUCAUCAGAUGUGGAUGUGGUGACGAUGCGAUCGCGCACUAUGUUCUAUGCAUCUCUUAUGCGCCUGUUAUCGUUGGAUUUGAACGACAAUGAUACUGUAUUCUACGCAUUCUUGCAACCCUUGACAGGUUGA